AUGGUCUGUUCCAUGAUUCAAAAGGCUGAGACCAAAGAGGAAUUUGUUAAAGUCAAAAAGCGAGAUUUGGAGAGACUAACAACUGAAGUAAUGCAGUUACGAGACUUCCUACCCAGAAUACUGAAUGGAGAGGUCUUGGAGAGCUUCCAGAAAUUGGACGUUAUUGAAACCAACAUGGAGAAAAGAGAACAAGAACUAGAGCAUCUGAGAUUGGAUUGUGAACACUUCAAAGCCCGUCUGGAAACAGCCAAAGCAGAUUGCAUGAAGGAGAAAAAGGAGAAAUUAGCCCAUCGACAGCAGCUGAAUGAGGCAAGACAGCAACUACUGCAACAGGCAGAAUAUUGUACAGAAAUGGGAGCUGCAGUCUGUACUUUGUUAUGGGGUGUCUCUAGCAAUGAGGAAGCAGUUAAAAACAUUCUAGGAGGGAGCAAAGCAGUAAAGUUUUUCACGAUCACUGGACAAACUUUGGAGAGCUUUGUGAGGUCACUAGGUGAAGAUACCAAACACCAAGAUCUGGAUUCUGAUGAAAAUCAAUUUGUAUUAGCUUUGGCAGGGAUUGUGACAAAUGUUGCUGCACUGGCAUGUGGCCGUGAAUUCCUGGUUAAUUCAAGUCAGGUAUUGUUGGACACAAUGAUGCAGCUUCUGGGAGACAUGAAGCCAGGACUUUGUACCAGACUUAAAGUACUAAUGCUGAUGUCACUGUACAAUGUGAGCAUCAACUUGAAAGGCUUGAAGUACAUUAAUGAAAGUCCAGGUUUUAUUCCAUUACUUUGGUGGCUAUUGAAUGGAACAACAACUUCCUCUUCUCUACUGGUGUUAUGGUUCUUCACUGAUGAAGCCAACACAAUUCAGUAGGCCCAGGAGUCAACUUCCUUCUCCAGACUGCUGAGAUCUGGAAGCAAUUUGUUACUGGUUACAUUUAAUAGAAGCUUUUGUACUGGCAGUAAAGUCUGGUGGCUUCCAAGCACAAAUAAUCUGACAAAUCCUAGUUCUAGUUGUUUGCGGUUUUAUGUCCACCUUACUAGUAAUAAAACAGGGUAGUAGUACAUUUUCAAAUUUUCCAAUUGUUGCUAACAACAGUUUAUCUUACUGGGUGUUAUUAAAGCUGGAAGUUCACCAUUUGAAGUACUGUCAGCUACAACUUCCCUGAAUCAAAUGUUUUUGUCGUGAAUAAUCUUCAUUUAGUACCUUAAUUUAUCUCCAGGUGACUACUACAGAAAAUUAAGAUGUUAGGUUACUGUAGACCCCCCCCCAACAUUGUACAUUUGGGGAGUUUAUAAAACAGGGAAAGAAGCUGACUUUGUUGAAAUAAACAGAUGUUACUCAA